AUUCUUUGACCGUCCAGGUUGUUAUUUUACGUUUUUCCUAGAGUUUGUUUUAUUUAAAGUUCUUCUCCUCCUGCUUUUCAACAGUAUUUCCGCCAUUAAGUUCCUACCUCAUCAAUCAAAUCAAUUAUUCGUACGUUACAAAAAUAAAUAACCCAUUAACACCACCAAUCCCUUGAAUUGUUCGACUACAUAAACCUGAUAAACCAAAUGCUAUCUUGCAAAGCUUCUCGGCGCGUUUGUAGAAAAUAAUCUGCAAGGUAAAUGUCUCAUUUUAAUUCAUGCUAUCUUGAUUUGAUUCAAGGUAAAUGUCUCAUUUUAAUUCAUAGGGUUUGUUUUAUUUAAAGUUCUUCUCCUACAGCUUUUCAACAGUUUUUCCGCCAUUAAGUUCCUACCUCAUCAAUCAAAUCAAUUAUUCAUACGUUAUAAAAAUAAAUAACCCAUUCAUACCACCAAUCCCUUGAAUUGUUCGACUACAUAAACCCGAUAAACCACAUGCUAUCUUGCAAAGCUUCUCGGCGCGUUUGUAGAAAGUAAUCUGCAAGAAAGAUUCCUCUCUUUUUGGGUUUGUGAUGUUCUAUAACGAAUUGAAUUCUCGAAUAUAUAUGUAUUGAUUGAAGAAGAUGGUGGAAUAACUAAACUCACCUCCAUACAUGUUUUUUUACUCGCAAAAGAGUUCUACUAAGAGAAGUCGUGGAUGGAUAAAGAAACUAUUAGCUGGAAAAGUUGAUUCUAGAUGACCUUCAGCGAGUAUUCUUGCAUGUUGGAUAGGUUCUGAUGCGCCAACACCUGGGAAACCAAAAUAGAACUGCGUACAUUGGUUUUGUGGAAGAAAAUCUGAUCAUCAAAUGUUUCUUCACAAGCAGUGAAUCAUAAUAACUCACCAAUCCCUGAGAUGGAAUAUGUGAGGAAAUCAAUUAAGGACUCUCAACUGAUGAGAAGCUUCAAUAUUCAAAGAUUUUUCUCUGUACAUUGAGAAAAGGGAUGCCAUCCAUCUCGAAUUACCAUCCGUAUGAGGUCAUUGUUAUUGAAAGAUAGGAGGAACUUAUUCAUACAUCCACCCUAGAGAUUUCAAAUGUGCUUUUCUCUUCUUCCUUUUGGUUUCAGUGGCCUUAUUGAUUGUGGAAUUCGCUUGGAUCCAAGUUUGCUCUGAAUUUUAUCAAAUCAAUGAAUAUAAAUCAAUGCAAGGGUGAGCUAUGUUUUGUUCCUGUCUCGGUGUCGGAUCCUGCAAACCUGAGCCGUGAAUUCUAGGGUUCAAGGGUGUGGACUGCUUUAAACAUUACUUUUCCAGGGAGAGAGAUUAAUAGAAAGCCGUACAACUCUACAACAAUGGAGAAUCUUAAUGAGGAGCUAGUAAUGGAAAUACUGUAUCGAUUACCCGUCGAUUCAAUUUUACAGUGCAUCUUGGUAUGCAAGACUUGGCGAACUCUGGUACGUAAUACUUACUUUGUCAAUAAUCACUAUCUUCACCAAUUGCAAUUGCUUCAUGAACAACAACUUGAUGUUGAUAAGUUAUUGGAUCAUCAUAAUACCAAAAGCAUCGUUAGUCUAGGUCAGGUUUUUUUGAUUGAGAAAGGAAACUUCAGAUUCCAGUAUUUCGACGAAACAUAUGAUUAUGAGAACAAUCAUAUUGGUCAUGACCUUCUUCAUCCGUUUGACCACUUUUACAAGAAACUUCUUACCACUUUUAGUGAUUUAAGGGUUCAAGAUAACAAUGAUUAUUACUAUUUCCUUUAUCCAAUUGGUUCGUGCAGCGGUUUGGUUUGCUUUUGUUUCAUGUACAAUCUUAGGGAAUUCAGGGACGUGCCCUUCUCUUUGUUGACGUAUCCUCUGUUUGUCUGUAAUCCUAUUACCGGAGAAUACGUUAAUCUUCCAAGAUGCGGUGCAAAGGAGAAAGAUUUUCCCAUUGGCAUUAUGAGCGGAAUUGGUUAUGAUUAUUUUAACAAUGUGUAUAAGGUAGUGGUUGCAAUACACAACAUGCAGGAAUUAGAAUUGUGGCCUAAUCGUCUACAGGUGUACACUCUUGGCGAAAUCAAUGGUUGGAGGAAUAUAAAAAUUCCAUAUGAUAUAUCAGGAGCAUCAGGAGAGUGUAUCCAUAUAGACGGAUCAUUGUUUUGGAUGCACCGCGAUUGCUGCAAUAUUGUGGCCUUUGAUUUGAGCAAUGAAGUUUUUGUACUGCUCCCGCAACCACCUAUCUACAACCCUAAUGGCACCCAUUAUAAAAAGCUGCACAUAUUAAGGAAUCGUCUGUGUGUUGUUCUUAGCCGUUACCCACACUUGGAAAUUUGGACGGUAAAGAAGAGGAAAAAGAAGUUGGAGCUUAACAACAACAGUAGCACCUUAGAGAGCACAGAUUGUUGGAGUUGGAUCAAGGAGCUAUCAAUGCCCCUGGAAGGACUAGGGACAUCUAGUUAUAUGUCCAAGAAUUUAAUACCAGUCACUGUUUUAAAUGAUGGUCAAGUCCUACUUUGGGAUUACGCCAGAAAAGCGUUAUUUCUAUACGACCCGAGAACUACAACUACGAAAAAGAUUGUUGAUAAUGAUGUUCAUAAAUGGGACUAUGUUCGUUCACUUCCUCACAUGAACAGCUUUGCUUCACUAAAAGCCCUAGGAAUGAAUUCAAAGUGGAUUUGAAAGACAUGAUCGGAGAUACCGCAAAUUCAAAGCUAAAGCAAACUUACAACGAAACUCCGUAUGAAUAGUAUUAAUUUUGUUCAACAUGGCAAAGUUUUUCGCAUUAUUUAUUCUUGGUAGCUUGGUGUCUUUGCAUUAGAGGUACAUAUAUUGUCUAGGUAAUGUCAAAUACCGUAUUUGAUGGCAAUAAUUGUUUUAUUUUUUAAUUUAUUUAUUUUGGAUCCAUCGGUUGAAACAAACUCAUCCGUUG